AGGGUGCUCGGGAACGCGGAAGUAGGCAAACUUAUUAAGCAAACAAUUUAGGUUUUUAUCAAAGCUCUACUGUAUUUUACUUGGUGUAGAUACUUCGUGUACUUACGAGGUAAGAAAAUUUGCUAGCAGUUUUUGCUUUUCUAGCCAACCCUUAGUGUUGGAAUAUGCGUGCACAAGCAUCCAUCUUCGCCAGAUGUAGACGCACGGCACUGCUUUUAAUUACUGCAGCAGUUAACUACCCCAAGGAAAGUACAGGAGUACUCCAACGUCCAGCUGUAUUGUAAAGUGCGCUGUUGAAAUGGACGUCAUUUGUAAGGUCCGCCAUAGCUGGACAUUGGAGUGGAAAGAAAUACUAGUAAUUUUGACAAUCGUUGGGACAGCAAAUGGCACAUCAUGCAGCUGGUCAGUCUACGCGCCCUCGACGGUAUCUGGUAUUCAAGGACGAUCUGUUAAUCUGUCAUGUUCAUUUACUAUAAGUAAUGGUGCUGCGCAUGUCUACAGAGUCACAUGGACAACAUCCAGUAACAAUCUGACAAGGACGUAUGCCUAUAGUUCAUCCUAUUUAAACAACAACACCUGGGGACAAAGAGCCAGCCUUACUGGUCAGGCAUCUCUGAGGCUGCAGUCUGUAACACAACAGGACAGCGGACUGUACACGUGUAAGAUACGUUUACUCAGUCAGACAAGUUGCUCAUUAAUUACAAGUAACAGCGAGAGACGGGAUUAUACGAGACUUGUUGUGAGAGUGCCACCAUCUGCUCCAAGAAUCAGCACCUCACCAUCUGGUGCAAUCAACAGGGACGUCGUUGAGGGUACAACAGCAUAUUUAUACUGUGAGAAUAUUGGUGGUUCAGGUCAAGUGACGUACACAUGGCGACGAGGAGGUCAGGUGUUGUAUGGGUCAAUGGAAAGUGGAAAAAAUAAGUUGACCAUAACCAAUAUCAAACGUUAUACUGCUACAUAUACCUGCACAGUAUCCAACUCUGCUGGAACAAACUCAGCUACAUUUACAUUCAAUGUCAUAUUGCCACCAUCUGCUCCAAGAAUCAGCACCUCACCAUCUGGUGCAAUCAACAGGGACGUCGUUGAGGGUACAACAGCAUAUUUAUACUGUGUGAAUAUUGGUGGUUCAACUCCAGUGACCUACACAUGGCGACGUGGAGGUCAGGUGUUGUCGGGGACAAUGGAACGUGGCAAAUAUAAGCUGACCAUAACCAAUAUCAAACGUUAUACUGCUACCUAUACCUGUACUGUUAGAAAUGUGGCUGGAACAAACUCAGCUUCUUUUACAUUUAAUGUCAUAUUGCCACCAUCUGUUCCAAGAAUCACCACCUCAUCAUCUGGUGCAGUCAACAGGGACAUCGUUGAGGAUAGCACAGCAUUUUUAUACUGUGAGAAUGUGGGUGGUUCAGAUCCAGUAACGUACACAUGGCGACGUGGAAGUCAGGUGUUGUCAAGCUCAACGAGGAUUGGAAAAUAUAUGCUGACUAUAACCAACAUUAAACGUGGUGCUGGCACCUUUACUUGUUCUGUAGCAAACACUGCUGGAACAAACUCAGCUACAUUUACAUUCAAUGUCCUAUAUCCAUCUGGUUCAGCCUUGGCAGUUUCUACUCAAGUUGUCAAGGUAAUAGGAAAUAUUGCAAGUCUCCAGUGCAGAGUUACCCAACAAGGAAAUCCAACUGUUACAUUCAGGUGGACCAAAGACUCUGCCUCCACAAUGAUAGCAACUAAUACAGGAACUCUGUACAAGAGCAAUCUUCAAGUAUCUGAUGAAGGGACAUAUAACUGUACUCCAGUUAAUACUGCUGGAAGUGGAGCACCAGCUUCUGUUGUGCUGACUGUUAAUGUCCCACCUAGAAUAUCCCCUGCUGUACCAAGUGUCAUGACAGUGAGAGUAAGUCAAGAUCUACGUCUGGAAUGUACUGCCACUGCCAAACCUGCUGCUUCUCUGCAGUGGACUAUGUCAACGGGCGCUGCACUACCCAGUGCUGUAUUUGAGACUGAAAACCCUCCCCCCACAGUCAAUGGUAAAAUCACCACCAGCAAAAGCAUAUUAAAGUGGAAGUCUGGGAGUUCAGCUAGUACCAGGAAAAGUGCAGGAAAUGAGGUUGGGGUGAAAUGUACAGCAUACAAUGGUGUUGGAAAUCGAGCAGAGGACCAUUCAAGGGUUGUUAUACAAUACCCACCUGGGACGCCAAAGUUAACCAUUAGUUCACUUUCGCCACAAAUUAACACCACUGUCACCUUGACCUGCUCCGUGCCACAUGCCCAAGGGGGAAACCCAGCCACGUACACUUAUACAGUGAAAAAAGGAAGUGCAGUGAUUUCAACAUCUCACUCCAACAUUUUCACUAUGAGAGUCUAUGACAUCCGUGAUGCCGUAGGUUACGCCUGUGAAGUUCGGAACUCCGUGGGAGCUGGUUCCAGUCCGUCAAGAACUCAGACGAUAGCAGUUGUUAAUGUCCCUGCAUUUAUUCACAAUCCACUUGCCCCGCAGACAAUCACUCCUUUCUACAGCGAUCCCCAUUUCAAGCUGGAAUGCAUCUUCUCUGGAAACCCUACACCAGCAGACGAUACUCUGGUAUGGAAUAAAGAUGGCGCUGGUAUAGUUGAUUUAACAAAGUACACUGUAACCACAGUCCAAGUCACCCAGUCAUUUCCAUAUGGCAUCAGCGUAGGGAAGAAAAGCAUGAUAACGUGGAACAAGAGCUUUGGUAAUUUCUCUUGUGACAGUGUAGCUGAAUAUGAUGGGAAAUAUCAAUGUAGUGUGAACUCAGGGACACCAGAGCAAGACAUGUCCAGUGAAGUUACAGUCAGAACAAAGUAUCCUCCCGAGCUGCGUGGUUUGCACAAUGUACUAGUAGCUGCUAAACUCAGAGACACAAAAACCAUUGUGUGCAAUGUCUGUGCCUAUCCACCACCAAAAUCAUACACAUGGUACUUUGGGAAUGAGACCAACAGCCGUGGUUCUGGGCAGAACUUGACGAUAUCAGAUAUUCAGAUUAAUGAUUUUGGUACCUAUAUCUGUAAAGUCAUCAAUGAAGUUGGCGAGGAGAGCAUAGAUUUUGAGCUGAAACCUGACGGUCCUCCGGAGCCUCCAGUUUCCAUGACAGCUACAGAGGUAACAUCAAGAACCAUCAUAGUGAAGUGGGUGCCAGGAUAUGACGGCGGUUAUCCUCAGUUCUUUGUGGUGAGAUAUAAAAAGGUGUCAGAAGAUGACACAGCAUACCAAAGUUUGGAAGACAUUCCACAAGGCAACAGACAAGAACUGUCCGCCAUCUUACAGAACCUAAACGCUUCAACUCCGUACAGGAUUAGUAUCCAGGCUAAGAACACGCGACCACAGCUGCCUAAUGCUAGUAGAAGGAUAGAGGGUGAUUUUACGACAGCAGAUCUCCCCAGUGUGGUCAUUCAGUCGGUUGUGUACAGUGAGGAAUAUUUGACCGUUGUGUGGGAACUUCAGAAGGGAAAUCCUAUCAAUUAUACAGUUCAGUAUAGAAGAGCAGGUGACGCAGUUUUCAGGGAUCUAGCAACUGACAUCCCAGCCUCACAGAACAAUGUAACUGUGGCCAUUUCACUGAAAGAAGGCAAUUAUGAAUUCAGGAUCAUUGCACAUGAAGGGGAAUCUGUUCCUUUUGAAACUCAGCUGGAGCCUAGAAUGUUUGAGCUUCGGACAGAAAACACAGUGUCUGUAGCAGUGGGCGUCACAGUCGCUGUAUUCAUUCUUGCCAUUUCUUCUACGGUCGUCACUUUUUUCUUCAAACGGAGGCGACGGAAGAAAACAGAUAACGAACUCACAGAAGAGGACGUAACAGAAAUAAGUGAGGUACGUAUCAAGAUUCCGCGUGUUCGAGAAGGGGCAUAUGAAACACCUCAGAAGAAUAUCGAGGUGACGUCAGUUUAUACGAGUUUACACAAGGAUAAGAAAACGAUUUCGCGUGUUCAAGAAGGGGAAUAUGAAAAACCUCAGAAGAAAAUCGAGGAGACGUCAGUUUACACGAGUUUACACAAGGGAAAGAAAACGGUCGAUGCUGUAACGACAUAUCCAGUAGCACAGCCAUGUGACACUGAGAUUCCCAGAAAAUACGUCAGGCUCAUUGGUAAGAUCGGCAAUGGAGCCUCCGGACGGAAUCUUAAGGGGGAAAUAUAUGAUUUGCACGGUAAACGAGUGUGGACACCAGUGGCAGUGAAGACAGUUAAAGAUCUUGAAGAUGCAGCCAUUGUAGAAUAUCUGCUGGAUGAACUAAAAGUGAUGCAAGCACUGCGUCCUCACCCAAAUGUAAUAUCUCUACUUGGUUCCUGCACAGGCGAAGGUGGUUUACCAAUGAUUAUCCUGGAAUACCUCCCAAACGGAAAUCUACAGUCGUUUCUACGAAAUGUCAGAUCUCGAAAUAAGGGGGUGUAUGACAACUUAUAUGGCACCGGCUCUUCCCUGACAACGCGUGAUCUGAUGGGUUUUGCCUUGGAUGUAGCCAAUGGGAUGGCGCACCUUUCUUCUUUGUCCAUUCUGCACAGAGACCUGGCCGCAAGAAACGUAUUGCUGGCCGACGGCAGAAAGUGUAAGAUUGCUGGCUUUGGUUUUGCCACAAACGACAUCGAAAACCACCCGUAUGACAGGAAGUCGCAGGGCCGUUUACCAGUUCGCUGGAUGUCUCCCGAAGCUCUUUUUGACAACAAAUUUACCACGCAGUCUGAUGUCUGGGCGUAUGGUGUACUGCUAUGGGAGAUUGUCGCAAUGGGAUCCAAACCGUACUCCGGUAUGUCAGCCAAGAAAGUGAUGAAAGCCUUAACUGAGGGAUACCGGAUGUCACAACCACCACAUUGUUCACCUGACAUGUAUAAUAUCAUGCUAUCAUGUUGGGAGGAGAAACCAACCGCACGCCCUUCAUUUGAUGAAAUAACAAACUCCUGGAAGGGUUUACUAGAUUACGAAGUCCUGACCUUCGAAAAGACUGAAAAGGUUACAGUUUGAAGAGAAGAGGACAUUGGUAAAUAUCAAACGGUUGAAAUGCAGUCCAGAUGACAGUGUGCUGAUCAGUGACUCCAAU